CGAAAUCCAGCCUUGGCAACCCUAAUAGCUCAAAACACUUACGUCCUUCUCUCUCUUUCUCUCUAUCAGUCUCCCUCCUCUAAUCACAACUCUGUUCGUUCCUUCGUUCUCUUCAGCAUCGCGUUGAUUCUAUUUCUUCUGCUUUCUCCUCACCGCCCCAAGAUUUUCAAAGGGGCUGCAAGAGAUUUUAAUCUGUCGAAACCUCGAUGGGUCGGAAGAAGCCGACUGCUCGUGACGAAGAGAAUCCGCCGCCAGCGGGUGGUGGUGGAGGAAAAUCUAAGAAGAAGAACCUGGUGAUCGAAGACGACGAGUAUUCCGUCGCAACUGAGCUAUCCGAGGAGAGUCAAGUCCUGGAAGAGAAGGUUCCUCCGCCUAGUAAAGGGAAGAAGGGCAAAAAGGGGAGUUCUAAAGCUUCAAAGGGAGUGGAUGAGGACUUGGACGAUGCUGAGGAAGAUGCAGAUGAGGUUCCCCAAGUGGUUUUCACUGGGAAGAAGAAGGGCAAGUCGAAGAAGAGCGGCGGGAGUAGCGCGUUCAGCUCGUCCAGUUUCGGGUUGCUUGAGGAUGAGGAUGAUAAGGAUGCUGAGGAUGAUGAACAGUCUGGUUUAACAGGUGAUGAUGAGGAGGAGGAUGCUCCUGCGUUGAGAUUUUCGGGGAAGAAGAAGCCUUCAAAGUCGUCCAAGAAAACCGGGGCUAGUUCGUUUACAGGGUCGGCUUUUGAUGCCAUUGGUGACGAAGGGGAUAGUGAUGGCGCGGUUGAUGAUGAGAGUAAUGCAGCUGAAGAUCAUGAGAAUGACGAUGAGCCUGCAAUUGCUUUUACAGGGAAGAAGAAGGCUUCCAAGGCUGGAAAGAAGGGUGGGAGUGUGUUUGCAGCAGCCAGCUUUAGUGCCCUUGAUGAUGCGGAGGAGGAUAAGGAUGAAAAAAACGAUGAGGAUGACGACAUUCCUCAGAUUACUUUCUCUGGUAAGAAAAAGAAGUCAUCAAAGGCUUCAAAGAAGAGUGGCGGUAAUUCUUUUAGCGCAGCAUUGCUUGAUGAGGAAGAUGAUGAAGAUACUUCCGUUUCCAAACCAACUAGUGCCGGUGAUGAUACAGUUGAGGAUGAAGAUGCAUCUAUGAUAACAUUCACAGGUAAGAAGAAGUCUUCAAAGAAGAAAGGUAAUAGUGUGUUUACUGCACUGGGUGAAGAUGCUGGGGUUGGGAGUGAAAUUACAGAUGUAGUUGAGCCCAAACAACCAACUACGGGAACUAGUAAAAUUGAAGCUGAUAAUUCUAACGUUAGUAAGAAUAAAGAUCCAGAACCUUCAAAAAGUAAGAAAAAGAAGAAGAAGAGUGGAAGGACUGCUCAAGAAGAGGAUGAUUUGGAUAAGAUUCUUGCAGAGCUAGGUGAGCUUUCAUCGAAACCUGCUGCUGCUCAGAAAGAGGAGACGGUGGAGGUUCAGCCUGCUGAUUCUCUGAAAGAGGAGAAAGUUGAGGUUCAACCUGAUGUGGUUGAUGGUUCUGCUGCAAAGGAAGCUGAAGAAGAGACUGUGGAGUCUGCUGCAGCAAAGAAGAAGAAAAAGAAGAAGGAAAAGGAAAAGGAGAAAAAGGCGGCAGCGGCAGCAGCAGCAGCAUCUGUAGAUGUCAAGGAGGAAAAACAAGAACAAGCAAAAAUUGAGCCAGCAAUUGAACCAAAGAAGAAGGAAGUGAAAGGCAAAGCAGCUGAAAAGAAGGUGCCGAAACAUGUUAGGGAGAUGCAAGAGGCCCUUGCUAGGCGACAGGAAGAAGAAGAGAAGAAGAAAAGGGAAGAAGAGGAGAAACUGAAGAAAGAAGAAGAGGAGAGGCAUAAGCAGGAAGAACUUGAGAAGCAAAAGGAGGAGGCAAAGCGGAAGAAAAAGGAGAGGGAAAAGGAGAAGAUCCAAGAGUUGAAGAAGGCAGGUUUAUAUAAAACUCCCAAGCAAAAAGAAGAGGAGAAGCGGCGGGAGCAAAAGAGACUCCAGUUACUUGCGAAUUUACCUAAUGCAGUGGAGGGUGUGCCUCCUCCUACCACAGACAAUGAAAAACCGGCUAAAAGACCCUUGUAUCAGAAAAAGAAGUCAAAACCAGCACCCAAUCAGGCAAAUGGUGCAGCAGCUACUACGAAGCCUGUGGAAAGCACGGAAGGAAUAAAAGAAGAAAACCAGCAGGUUACUGUUCCUGAGCUGGAUUCUGUGGGACUUGAGAACGAUGAAGAGCAGGAAUCAGUUGAAGUAGCAGAAAAGCUAUCCGAAGUUUCUGAAUCUGUUAAAGAGAAUGGAUUGGAACAAGAAGAGGAUGAUGGUGAUGAUGAUGAAUGGGAUGCAAAGAGCUGGGAUGAUGAUGCUGUUGUUAAUCUUUCAUUUAAACGUGGGUUUUCUGAUGAAGAGGUUGAACCUGUUGUGAAUAAAGGGAUGAAGUCUGCAGUGCAGAAAACCGUUCCUUCUCAACCAAUAAAACCUCAUGAUGUUGAGAAUCAGAAAAAACAAGCUGAGGUGGAAGUUGACAAAGGUAGGAAGAAAGAUGCUGGUGCAAAGAAAGAAGCACCAAAUUCAGAUUCUGCCUCUAAACAGAGUGAAGAUAAUCUUCGCUCUCCCAUUUGCUGCAUUAUGGGCCAUGUUGAUACUGGUAAAACUAAGCUUCUGGAUUGUAUCCGAGGCACAAAUGUUCAGGAGGGUGAGGCUGGAGGUAUUACUCAACAGAUUGGUGCUACGUAUUUUCCUGCGGAUAAUAUCCGUGAGAGGACUAAGGAACUGAAAGCUGAUGCAAAGCUGAAGGUCCCAGGUCUAUUGGUCAUUGAUACCCCUGGCCACGAGUCAUUUACUAAUUUAAGGUCACGGGGUUCAGGUUUAUGUGAUAUUGCAAUUUUGGUUGUUGACAUUAUGCAUGGCUUAGAGCCUCAAACAAUAGAGUCACUCAAUCUCUUGAAAAUGAGGAAUACCGAAUUCAUUGUUGCAUUGAAUAAGGUGGACAGGCUCUAUGGGUGGAAAACCUGCCGCAACCAGCCAAUAGGGAAGGCAAUGAAGCAACAAUCCAAGGAUGUAGUAAAUGAGUUCAAUAUGAGGGUUUCUCAGAUUGUCACUCAAUUCAUGGAGCAGGGCUUAAAUACUGAAUUGUAUUAUAAGAAUAAAGAAAUGGGAGAAACAUACAGUAUUGUACCUACAAGUGCCAUUAGUGGUGAAGGGAUUCCAGAUUUGUUAUUACUAUUGAUUCAGUGGGCCCAGAAAACUAUGGUUGAGAAACUUACUUACAGCAAUGAAAUUCAGUGUACGGUAUUGGAGGUCAAGGUUAUUGAAGGUCUUGGGACAACAAUCGAUGUUGUGUUGGUUAAUGGCGUGCUUCAUGAAGGGGAUCAAAUAGUCGUUUGCGGCAUGCAGGGACCUAUUGUUACUUCAAUUCGAGCUUUGUUGACACCACAUCCCAUGAAAGAACUUCGUGUCAAGGGAACUUAUCAGCACCAUAGUCAAAUCAAAGCUGCACAAGGUAUCAAGAUCACAGCACAGGGACUUGAACAUGCUAUUGCUGGCACUGCUCUAUAUGUUGUUGGGCCUAGCGAUGACUUGGAUGAUAUCAAGGAAACAGCUAUGGAAGAUAUGAAAUCAGUCAUGAAUAGGAUUGACAAGAGUGGUGAGGGAGUUUGUGUACAAGCAUCUACUCUAGGAUCCUUGGAAGCAUUGCUAGAGUUUUUGAAGACGCCAGAAGUUAAUAUUCCUGUUAGUGGUAUUAGCAUCGGCCCUGUACACAAGAAGGAUGUCAUGAAGGCCAGUGUAAUGCUUGAAAAGAAAAAAGAGUACGCCACUAUCUUGGCAUUUGAUGUUAAAGUGACACCUGAGGCCCGGGACCUUGCAGAUGAAUUGGGUGUGAAGAUUUUUAUUGCUGAUAUAAUCUAUCACUUGUUUGACCAAUUUAAGGCCUAUAUCGACAAUCUCAAAGAGGAAAAGAAGAAGGAAGCCGCUGAUGAAGCUGUUUUUCCGUGUGUGCUCAAGAUUUUACCCAACUGUGUUUUCAACAAGAAGGAUCCAAUUGUCUUGGGUGUUGAUGUUCUUGAAGGCAUUGCAAAGGUAGGGACUCCAAUUUGCAUUCCUCAGAGAGAUUUUAUUGAUAUUGGACGCAUUGCAUCCAUUGAGAAUAACCACAAACCUGUAGAUAUAGCGAAAAAGGGGCUGAAGGUGGCUAUCAAGAUAGUCGGCACAAAUUCUGAUGAGCAGCAAAAGAUGUAUGGUAGGCAUUUUGAAAUUGAAGAUGAGCUUGUCAGCCAUAUCUCCAGGAGGUCAAUUGAUGUACUUAAAACAAGCUACCGGGAUGAACUGUCAAUUGACGAGUGGAAGCUGGUUGUGAAAUUGAAGAAACUUUUUGAGAUAUCAUGAAAGAGGCAGAACCAUAUUUGAGCAGUUUGUUUUUAUACACCCGGGGGGCUUCACUGACAUCUGGGAAUCAGAAAGAAUGGCAAGAGGCUACCUUGUGGAACAAUUGCGAGCCUUAAAUCUGCACCACUGCAUUUAGGCAUUAAAGUUCAAAUGAGAGUAUAUGUCGAGAGGAGCAAAGGUUCCAGUUUGCGAGGAAGUCAAUUUUUUCUGAGUCACAGAUUGGGACUGUUCUAGUUUUUGAUCAUGUUAGGCCUAUAUUGCAUUUUUUGUCCAUGUAGCUUAAACCCUCCCUCCCCCAUUUUGUAUCCCCAAAACUUUUAUUCUCUUAAUAGUUCACAUAAAAUCCUUGCACUCUGCAAUGGAAUAGUCA